UCCCCAAUUCCUUUCCCUCCCACCUUCCUUUUUCAUCCUUUCUCCCAAAAUCUCAAUUUUCUCCUUUUUAUUUUUAUUUUUUUAUCUCAUUUAUUAUUUCUCCUCCCAAUUUUUCUACGUCUUAUCUUAAUUAUUGUUAACGUUAUCUUUUAUCACUCUUUAUAAUCCCUAUCUAUCCCAAUUCACAAUCACAUUCGCAAUCAUAAUUACACCUUAACGUUCUUUAUCGUCUACUUUUACCCUAAAAACUUUCUCUUCAGUAUCAAAAAAAAAAACAUGAGUACAGCCAUAACUGAACUUGAACAAGAAGAAUUACUCGAGAAAUUAGAGGUUUUCAAGAUCAAAGGCAAAGACAAACAUGGCCGCAAGAUCCUCCGCAUUAUCGGAAAAUUCUUCCCUGCGCGAUUGGUUAGCGUUGACGUUCUGAAGAAAUAUUUGGAACGGAGGAUUUUCCCGAAACUCGGGAAGAGAAAAUUCUCGGUACUUUAUAUUCACACCGGCGUUCAGAGAAGCGAGAAUUUCCCCGGAAUCUCUUCUCUCCGAUCUCUUUACGACGCGAUUCCAGCGAACGUGAAAGAGAAUUUAGAAGCAGUUUAUUUUAUUCACCCUGGUUUACAAGCCCGUCUUUUCCUCGCUACUUUUGGCCGUUUUCUCUUCAAAGCCGGGUUGUAUGGUAAACUGAGGUACGUGAGCAGGGUUGAUUGUCUAUGGGAAAACGUUCGGAGGAACAAUGUGGAGAUUCCCGAGUUUGUGUAUGAUCAUGAUGAGGAUUUGGAGUACCGUCCGAUGAUGGAUUAUGGAUUGGAGAGUGAUCAUGCUAGGGUUUACGGUACUGCUCCUUCACUGGAUUCACCCGUGACUACUUACUCGAUGAGGUGUAUCUCGUAGUCGUAGGGUUCAGUUAGUCCUUUGUUUUUGUUGGUUUGUUUAGCUUUUAGAGGAUUUCGUUGGGUGUGUUGCGUCCAGGAUUUGGGUUCACUUCAGCCGUUGGAUUAGAGUUGUUGGAUUUAAGAUUGAAUGAUUUUGAAUCUCAUCUUCUUCGGUAAUUGAAAUGUAGACCGUAUGAUCUUUAUCCAAUACUAGUGUCAUUUCGAUUAGUUAUGGAGGGCCAUACCUAUGUGGAUAUAUAUUAUUGAGAUGUUAUGAAGAAAGAAAAGAAUAGUUGCCUUUGUUACUCCUUUAGGUAUUGUCUUUUUAUUUAUUUAUUUAUAGGUGUUGUCGACAUCUUGUUAAUAGAUAGUAAUGGAAGGUCAUUUUCAAUUUUGUCGUUGGAUAAUUCGAUGAUAUUUAGAGCAAUUUCAUUGAUUUUCUUUUGCA